CCCUCAUUCAAGAACUGUGUUGUGUGUUCGCUGUUUCUGCAUUCUUAUAUGCAGCUAGGUAGAUAACUAACGUUAGCUAACUGUUCAAAUAUGAACGCGCCACCGGCAUUCGAGUCAUUUCUGUUGUUUGAAGGGGAAAAGAAGUAAGUUUUAGUCAUAUAGCUAGUUAGCUACUGUAACAUAUUACGAGAUCGCUUGCUGACGUUUCCCUCCAAGAACGUUUAGCUAGCUAGGAUUAGCUAAUUUAGCUAUUGUUAUUCUGGUUAGUUUAGGUUAUCUAGCGAUCAAAGUUAACUGCGAUCAAAGGUAAGUAGGUAGCUGAACCAGAAUAUGGGUUUACAGGAGACGUUUAAUAUGGCGAUUCUCAGAAGAUAAUCCCAGAUUCUGGUUCAGGAGGUAGCUAGCUAGGUAGCAUGCUACAACAUAUCAUAUUUGAGGGCAUGCUAGCUAACUGUCAGGCUAUGUUUGUGCUUUGCCAGUUAUUCCUAGCUUCACAGUAGCCAGUGACUAAAGAGUAGUAGCAAGGUAAGUCUGUCAGGCAUUAUCAGCUAACAAGUUCGCGUCUACUGGCUACCAGAGUCAUAUAGUUAUGGGUUUGCUGGCUACUAUAAAUUAGCAAAAUUCAGCAUAAACUAGCUAGCUAACUAACACGCCAAUGUGAUUGGACUGCCAUUGCCACUGAAUAUGAAUCUGAAAGUGAAAUACUCUUACAUUAAAAUACAUGUUUUUAGAAUCACAAUCAUCAAGGACACAAAAGUCCCGAACGCCUGUCUCUUCACGUUGAACAAAGAGGAUCACACGCUUGGUAACAUCAUCAGACAGUGAGUGCAAUUCUUUAAUUUCAUUGGGAUUUUUUGUGCAAUCAAUGAUACUUGCGAAGCUCCUCAAUCAUAACUUAAAUGUAUUGUAUUUGCAGACAACUUCUGAAAGACCCCCAAGUGCUAUUUGCUGGCUACAAGGUCCCUCAUCCUCUGGAGCACAAGAUUGUGAUCCGUGUUCAGACCACACCAGACUACAGUCCUCAGGAGGCUUUCACUAAUGCCAUCACUGACCUCAUCAGUGAGCUGUCCUUGUUGGAGGAGAGAUUCAGGGUGAGUACAUGAGAUACCGUCAUCAUCACAUCUCUUAAUCUCUCAACAUUAAUAAUAUAAAUAAUAUGCCAUUUAGCAGACGCUUUUAUCCAAAGUGACUCACAGUCAUGCGUGCAUACAUUUUUUUUUUUUUUUUUUUUUUGUGUGUAUGGGUGGUCCCGGGGAUCGAACCCGCUACCUUGGCGUUACAAGCGCUGUGCUCUACCAGCUGAGCUACAGACCCAUUGAAAUGGGUCUGUCGGUACAUUUCGUGGAACAGUUCUACUGUAGCAAACUGUCAAUAUAUAAUAUUAUAUAGAUUGUCCUCUAUACUAGAACUGGUUGUGGAAAAUAGCUAUUUUGGCCAGAAAUUUAUGUAUGCCGGUGGAAGCUGCUGAGGGGAGGACGGCUCAUAAUAAUGGCUGGAACGGCGCAAAUGGAAUGGCAUCAAACACAUGGAAACCAUGUGUUGAUAUAUUUGAUACCAUUCCACCUAUUCCGCUCCACCCAUUACCACGAGCCUGUCCUCCCCAAUUAAGAUGCCACCAACCUCCUGUGAUGUACGCACUAUCUACAUAGCAAUAUCCCUGAAACACUCAUCUUCAAUACUAUUUGGGUUAAAAAGUCCUGUGUGGCUCACUUGGUACAGCAUGGCACUUGCAAUGCCAAGGCUGUGGGUUAAAUUCCCACGGGGAACCAGUAUGAAAAUGUAUGCACUCAUUACUGUAAGUCGCUCUGGAUAAGAGUGUCUGCAAAAUGACUAAAAUGCGAAUGUAUUUUUGAAAACUACUAAUAAUAAUACUUUUUUAAAAUGGUGAGUAUUGACCUACCUGAUCAGCAGAAUGUGUAACUAAUAAAUUCAUUAUCUCUUUCAACUUUGUUUCAGGUUGCAAUUAAAGACAAGCAAGAAGGAAUUGAAUGAGGAUUGGUGCAUACUGUUGUGAAAGAAGAUGUCAUUUUGAAGAUCACUUUUCAUUUGACCAGGAUUCUAUAAAAGUUCUCUGUUUUGGACUUACCAUUACUGCCAUGCUAGGCACAGCAUGGCCUCUGUAUCCAAAGUACUGAAUGGAGUUUUGAGUUAGUUUUCAUUCUAGACCAUGAUAACAUAUUUGCAGGAAUGGAUGUAAUUGUAUCAGUUAAAUAAUACUUUUUUCACACACUGAAACAUAAGGAAAUUGGUGAUUUGAAACAGAUUCUGAGAUCAUAGAGUGGAUUGAUUAAUUCAAAACAGAAGCACAUGUUGUUUUACUAAUUUGAAUUCAAUACUCUAGUUUGUUAGGUACGUGCUGAAAGAUGACAAGCAUGGUUUAAAACGUUAUUUCAUGGAAAUAUUUAGCAUGAUAUCUAUUCCUGUUAAAUGCUUUAGUUUUGCAAUACCCGACAUGCUCCUUAUUUGGCCCUACAUUUUCUGAGAAUAGUGUGUCAUGUACAGGUAAGGUUUGUUUUUGUUUUUCAAUAAAUCAUUCUUGUAAUAUUUAUUUUCAUUUAACGUAAUAGCCAGCCCCCCAAUAGGGUUGUCACUAGUUAGCGCAGCCACAAAGUCAAAAUUGUCUAUCUUAAAACUUCAUGAAAACAAAUUAGCUUUUUGGUCUUCAUUU